GCUUCGUUGUUCCGGAUUCAUUUCUGUGGUGCACCGUUGAUGGCGACCGACAGACGUUUGAGUCUGGAAGUUUCUAGAUAACUAGCAGUUUGUAAACGCGCUGUUGGAAAGAAAAGAGUCUACUUCGUAUUGAUCUAAUAAUGGGGAGAAGCAGGAGCCGAACACCACCACGACGAGAGAGACGGCGCUCACGCUCAUCCUCACGAGACCGUGAGAGGAGGCGCAGGGAGCGCGAAAGGUCGCGGUCCCGUGACAGAGACAGACGAAGGUCACGCUCACGCUCCCCCCACAGACGCAGAUCCAGGUCUCCACGGCGACACCGCUCCUCCUCCUUAUCUCCAUUGCGACAGAAGGACAGACGGGACGAUGACAGGAAAGAAGUUAAGGACAAACCAGCGAAGGUCCAUCAGAUAUCAGCUGAGGACAUGCAGGGAAAGACUGAGGAGGAAAUAGAGAUGAUGAAACUGAUGGGCUUUGGAUCCUUUGACACCACAAAGGGCAAGAAGAAGGAGGGGUCUGACGCUGCAUUUGCAGUUAAUGUGUCGCAAAAGAGAAAAUACAGGCAAUACAUGAACAGGAAAGGUGGUUUCAACAGACCGUUGGAUUUCAUUGCUUGAUGGAGUCGUCAGGAGCCACGUUUUAACGACUUUGACAUCUUUGUGAUGAAACGUGUAUUCUCUUUACCUCCCUGAGUUUAUGUAAAUAUGUGUUUUGGCAGUUUUUCCAUCUGUUUUGUUUUUCACUUAAUGGCUGUUAUGUAAGUGUCAGUUUAGGUUGUAGUAGCUCAUUUUAAAAGGAUUUGAUAUUGCAGAUUGUUUACCUUGAAUACUUUAUUUAGUGAAAACUGUGCAGUACUAAAUAAAUGGGAACUCCUGAUGAACGUU